AUCGAACCUCCUCCCUCGUGUCAUUCCCACCUCAAUUCACCCACAAACUAAUUAACCCAUUCCUCGUUCCUCUUCACCCUCUCCUAACCCCAUGGAGCCUUCGAAGACCAAGACGAAGCAACCCCGCGAAGAUCCCCUCAGCAAAACCCUAGAUCCGUCCCCGACGCUCGACGCCGCAGCGAAGGUCACUCCCUCGGCGCGGCCCCAAAGCCCUACUCCGUCGCCCUCCGCUCCGGGCUCGCUCCAGCAACAACCGCCUCUUCCGGAGGGCGCGGGAGAUCCGGGGAGAGAAGGGGCGAAGGGAGAGGGUGGUGGCGAGGGGCGGAAGACGAAGACGACGGCGACCGCCGUGCUCACGGCGGCGGCGGCGACGGCGACGGCGGCGGCCGGGGAAGAGUCCGAUCUCCAGAAGAAGAUCCGCCGAGCGGAGCGGUUCGGCAUGCCGGUCAUGCUGUCCGAGGAGGAGAAGCGCAAUACUCGCGCAGAAAGGUUUGGAACGGGAUCUAGCUCGAUUCGAACUGGUGGUACGGGACCAUUGGAAGAGCAGAAAAGAAAGGCCCGGGCUGAGAGGUUUGGACUCGCUGCACACUCCGAAGCUGAUGAGGAGGCAAAGAAGAAGGCUCGAAUUGAAAGAUUUGGACAGAGCACCAAGGUCGAUCCCUCUGAAGAAGAGAAAAGAAAGGCAAGAGCUGUCAGGUUUGCACAGAAAUCUAGUAAUGUAUCUCAAGCAAAUGGCAAAGAUAACCCUGAACAGAAGGUGACAACUGUUGCUAGCACGGUAUGAUGGAUUGUAGAUUGACGGCCACCGACAUUAGGUCACAAUGUUUUUGUGUGCCCCUCUAUCUGCCAAGCCUCAGUGUUGUGAUCUGCACGCAUGAGGGUAGUUGCUGAAUAUUACUGUCUAUGCAACACUUCUUUGUGUGUAUUAAUGACUUUUGAAUCUGCAAAGAUUUGUGUAGUAUUAGGAUGAUAGUAACCUCGCGGAUGGAUCUAUGCUUGUGUAUGGAUGCGAAGAAGGUUUUUAUUUAUUGACUUCAUAAUAGUCAACGUAAGUUCGUCUGUAGGUGUUCUUUUGGUUAACAAACCUGAGCAGAUCUGUGGAAAAAAGUUAGCUUUAUAAUACCCUUUUGAUUGUUAGAUUGUUGAGUUA